AUGGAAGCUCCAAUUCCAAUGAUGACUCAUCUAAAAGUCCCCCGAUCCCUCAGCCAUGGACUCAAGUCGCUGAAGCCAAUUCGCCGGGCCUCCCUCAGCCCUCAACUCGACGAAUCGCCAAGAACGUUGUUGGAAGUUGAGAACUACAAACUCGCUGCGUAUGAUCCAAAUGCCAAGACCAAAUACCUGACUCAACAAUUCGAGUUGCAUGAACUUUUGGGACGCGGAAGUUUCGGGCAAGUUUAUGGAGCCAAGUGCAAGAGAACCGGCAAUUUCUUCGCUGUCAAAAAGGCCCUCCAUCAAUGCUCCAAGACCAUGCCGGAAAUCGAGAUUCUCCAUCAACUGGCUCACCCAAAGAUCAUCCAAUUCUACGGCGCUUGGAAGGAGGCAGAGUUUAUUUUUAUGGUCUUGGAAAUCUGCACCUAUCCGCUGAGCUAUGUGAUGAAAGUUGAGAAAGGAGAAGCACUGGAGCUGAAUGCCUGGAGAGUUUUGGCGGAUGUUGGAGAAGCGUUGGCCCAUUUGCAUCUCAAUGGAGUCAUUCACAACGACGUGAAGCCGGACAACAUCCUCGUGGCGCCCAAUGGAAUCUACAAACUGGCCGAUUUCAAUGUGAGCAUCGAAUGGAAAGAGUAUUCGGAAGCCUUUGCCGAGACCUUGCCCCGAGGCGAUGAUCGUUACUCCGCGCCGGAAUGCAUCCUCAAGCACAUCUUUUGCGACAAGACGGACAUCUACGCAUUUGGAGCCACUCUACUCAACUUUUUGAUUGGCCGACCGUCCGAGCCAGAGGAGUUGGAAAUGGAAAAUUUGGACAAUUUCUUGGCCAAAAUCUCCGUAGACCUUCGCCAAAUCCUCCGCAAAAUGUUGGACCAUGAUCAUGAGGCUCGACCAGCCGCUAGAGACCUUCUGUUACACGAGAAUGUCGUCAAGAACCAGACCGAAAGUGGACGAGGACCCAUUCUGAGCGAUGAACAAAUAACUCAAUACGAAAGCGAGCUGAUCCUAAAGAAUGGUGAUGAUUAUGGCCAAGACGAAGUGACUGGAAGUGAUGAGCAUCGGCGAUGGAUUUUGGAGGACGAAUAUGUCACCAAGACAACGAAAGUUGCGCCAAAGAGGGUCUCCUUGAGAAGUGUAAGUUGAUUUUUACCUUUUUAGUCAUUUUUUUUGUUUUUUUUUUUUUAAUUUUCGAUAUUUUUACUAAUUUUUUCGUAUUCCAGCUUGCCGCAGCCGACAAAUUGAACACUUCCGUCCCAACUCUGCCAUCCGAAAGUGCUUGUUCGCCAGUUCUCCGACCAAAAAGGCUCUCUUUGAGAGGUGUAAGUUAAUUUUUCUUCGAAAAAAAUCUAUUUUUGUCAUUAUUUUUACUAAUUUUUCUUUUUUUCAGCUCUCCGACAAAAUUUCCAUGGACUCCGAUCCCAAUAACAAUGUCUGUUCCCCGAUCUCGAAACGAAGCCGGCCCGCAAUUUCGCUGAGAAUUCGAGCCCUGGACAGCUAA